UAACUAUAGUAUAACUACACUGUAACUUUAGUAUAACUACACUGUAACUAUAAUAAUUACAUUGUUACUUAUAUGUAAUUACAUUGUAACUAUAAUAUAACUUGCAUGUAAGUGAGAUGUACCUUUAUAAAACUUAUGUUUGGCACUGCUCACGUAAAAGAGGGAUUACGAACUCGCAAUGUCUGUUUGUACGAUGCGUGUGGAGGCCAUCAUUCAUGCAUGCAUGUUCGGGUAUGCCCUGCCGCUUUAUCUCUGCCCUUCGUCUGACAUCUACGCGUGCAUGAGCCGCGCCAGUGCCGGUAGCCAGCGGCCGUCGAAAGAAACAAAUCAAAACGUCGACGCAAAAGCACGAAUCUUGAGGUUCAUCAAGCGGUUCGAAAAUCGACAAAUUCUAAGGAAGAAAUUUGUCAACAGAUUUAUAGCAAAAUCGAUACCGAAAUACCACCCCAAGCUAAUAAAUCUCAACAUGCGGCAGCCAGCCAGGUUUUGGUGAAACAGUACUGUAUAAAAGCAUCGCGUUUCCUUUCUCGUUCCCCCUCUCUUUUUCUUCCGUUUCCAGUGCGAGUACACGGCAAUGAUCACCCCUUUGCUACUUUUCAUAUCCAUGCAACAUGCAUACAAAAAGAUGGAACAAACUCCAUCCUUUUUUCUAGUCCACAAACGCUAGCUUCGCCCGCCCCUCGUCACGCAACGCCGGACAAAGGCCGAGCUUGCUGUUGCGCGGAGCAGCUGCAGGGUCCACGUGAUGCCGCGCCGUGGCGCCGCAUGCACACACGCGCGCGUCGCUACGUGGUCACGCGAACACCUGCACUGCAGUACACACCACCCUACCUAUAUCAUCUCUCGCCUCUGUACAUCUGUGCAAAACUGCGAAAUCCAAACAUAUAAUUAGCUAGCAAGCGAAAGUACAAAACUAUGGCCUCCAAGCUGUAUUACGCCGUCGCCCCGCUCGUGCUGGUGCUUCUCCUCCUCGCGCCGCUCUCGUCCGCGCGCCUCGCCGCCGCCGCCGCCGCCGACGACGACGGGCAGUGGCCGGCGGGCGGCGGCCGCGGGAGGAAGGUCGGCGGGAGGACGGACGUGGAGGACGUGGAGGGGAACAGGGAGGUGCAGGAGCUCGGGCUCUUCUGCGUCGUGGAACACAACCGGCGAGGGGGGUCGGCCACCCGCGGCCGCGGGCUGGUCUUCUCCAGGGUCGUGGCGGCGCAGACGCAGGUGGUCUCCGGGAUCAAGUACUACCUCCGCAUCGCUGCCCAGGAGGCCGACGACGAGCUGGUGUUCGACGCCGUCGUCGUCGUCAAGGCCUGGGUGCCGUCCCGCGAGAUGGUCUCCUUCGUGCCGGCGGCGGAGCUGCCAGGAUACUGAAUCGGCUGGUUAUCCAUGGACGCAUGCCUUUUGAUGGAGAUGGAAGAUGGGUGUGCGUCAUCAUCUUUGAGGUGAUCUAAUGUCUAAUUAGAUAUGAUACUGAUGUAAGAUGCAUACAGCAUGACUGCAUCUACCAUGUUUGGCGUAAAUUUUGCUUGCUGCAGAGUCCAACUUGUGUAAGAUGGUAGCUUAUGCUUCUCAGUUUUCUCUCUUUCUGUAGCAUCUGUAAAUCCUGUUCCUCAAUGACACCUAUAGCUCUGUACAAACUAAAAAA